AUGAGCGACGAGUUCCGCUUUGUCGACAUCAAAAGGAGUUCAGUGUGGACGGUCACCUAUGAGGGCAAGUAUGGAGUUUUAAGUCUUGUUGUCAGUGAUUUUUGGUCGUGUUGGUCGCUCCAUGCAAAGCCCUCAGAGGAUGAACCUGUCGUCUGUCUCAUUCGCGAAAUCUUCUCGAAACCAAUUGCACGCAUGACUCCCUAUCCCAAUUCCCUUUUGGAAGGCGAAUGGGAGAUUCUCUCCCCUAUCAGUUCAAAGUGUGCGCUCAUGUUCUCAGGAAGUGAUCAUCGCAUCGAAUCUUUCGAAGCAAAAUGCGGUAUUCAAGUUAAAGGCUUCCCUGAAUCCAAAGUAUGGACACAAAUCACGGUUGAUGGCUCUGAUGAUGAUAUCAAAGCUCUUGGAGUAGACGUCCGAGGGACAUAUGAUCUUCUCCCUCACUGCGGAACAGCGAGUGGCUGCUUGCAUAAGAAACCCCCAGUUGGAAAUUCUCCCGCAAUAUACUUCUUUUUGGAUCCCUCAAAGCUCGAUGAGCCAAUGUACGACUCAUUUGUCUUUUCUUUGGAACACGAACGGACUCUUGGCUAUGCAUCACGUUCCACUAUCGCGGAAGUUUCUCACAAGUGGCGGUCCUCAAGUCUGGGUUCGGAGCCGGAGUAUGCCAACGUGUACUAUCGUAAAUCCAUCAAGCUGCAAGCGGUCACGUUGGCCUCCUAUAUUCCGGAUUCCCCCAUCAUCUGCUCCAAUUUGAAGCCGCUCACGUCAAUGGCGAUCAGUAAUCGGGACUGUCGUAGUGCAAAUAUCACUCUUCUCUCUUUUGAAGCAGAAGCCACCGCUAUAGAUUCUUUCUGGAAAAAGGGGCCAUGGGAAGUGGCUAAUCCCGUGGAAGCUCCCGCUCUUCUUGGAGAUAUUUCUUGGUUAUUUCAAAAGGCAGUCGGUUUUUCCGCAUUUCAGGAUUGGAUCUCAGUCAACGACGGCAAAUCUUCGAGCAAAUCGAAUAGCCCUGUGUGUGGAGUGUGUGUACCAGCAAAGCCCCGGAUCAUAUGGGGUCGCAACACUCGAGGACAGAUCAAGGCAUACGAGGAUCCACACGAUGCAGCUCUGUACGAACGGCAGGUCAAGCUCAGGCCUCCACCCUUUUUAGUAUUCCGUCGUGUCGACGAAGAGGAUAAUGGACACAUGCGUGUCACGCUCAACGUUCAAAUGCUACUGCAUCAAGCCUAUGAGAGGCUCUUGGACACGAAUGUCUCUGAUAAUGCUUCUUUCUUCUGGCGUGUCGUGCCCAAUUCUUAUGAUUCGAGAAAUCUCGUGUUCCCCGAUUUCAGUCUCGUCAGCAACAGAAAUAAUGCUCAAAGCGCUCAACCGCCUAACUUCAAACUCGAUCUGCGGCCCGAGCAGCUGCGCUCCCUCUCGUGGAUGAUCCACCGUGAAAGCCUUGAUAUUGAACCUUUCAUUGAAGAAGAGGUGGAGGAAGCCCUUCUUCCUAUGCUUAUGUGGCGCGCAGAGGGCAAAGUAUGCAUGGAGAAAACCGUCCGCGGCGGUGUCCUAGCGGACGACGUUGGAUAUGGAAAAACAGCUAUCACUCUCGGAUUGAUCGAUACUCAGUACAGUCAGCAGACCGAGCCAGAAUCUAUCGAUGGCUUCAUCCCCACAAAUGCCACUCUCAUCGUCGUGCCUAAGAUCAUGAUCAAGCAAUGGCAGUCCGAGAUCACGAAGUUCCUCAAAAACACAUAUCGUGUGUUGGUGAUCGACGGACUAGCGGCAUUGGGAAGAAAGAUGGAUCGAGAUAUUCAGCAGGCAGAUAUUGUUUUGGCUUCUUGGGCUGUUUUUAACAGCCAGAAUCAUUAUGAGAAGCUGCAACAGUUCACCGGCAUGCCGCGAGUCCCGCCAAAGGCAGGUCGCAAUUUCGACGAUUGGUUUGUUAAAGCGCAUGCGGUGAUGAUGGAACAUGUCCAGCUCCUGGUAGACCAAGGCCCGAGGACAGUACUUGAGUCGAUUCAGGCCAGACGCCAGGAAGUCAAGGACAACGAAGCUAAUUCCAUAUAUAUCCCGUCAAAGCGGCUUAGGGGAAACCAGUAUUCAGACGUUCACCAAGGUCAGGAUCCUGGCAUCGAAGCGGGGGCUCAACAUGUCGAUUCAUCAAGUGAGGAUGAGCUGUCGGAAUCUAGCGAAGAAGAGGAUCCCGAAGUAAUUCGGGCGAGAGUUGACAAGCUCCUCAAACUCCAACCUAGGACAACCGCACCCACGACCUCAGAAAAGGAGAAGGAUGACGAGAGUGGGUCAGAAGAUAGCGAGGACGAGGAAGCCCCGACGGCAUCACGCUCUGGGAAAGCACAAGGCUCUGGUAAAAUGGGUCAAGGUGUGAAGCGCAAGCGUGCACCCGUUAAGACGUCCAAAGUUUGGGACGACAGAAAGGAGUUCGGCAUAAAUAACACCGCUCAACAAACUUGGACGACAGUAAAGCUUCCUCUCCUCCAUGCAUUCUCAUUCAAUCGACUUGUUAUUGAUGAGUUCACUUUUGCAAACCCCGAACGACUGGUGCCUCUUCUCAAGCUUCAGGCUCGUUCAAAAUGGGUCCUAUCCGGCACACCGCCGCUGAACGACUUUGCUGAUGUUAAUACAAUUGCGCCCUUCUUGGGCAUCCAUCUCGGUAUCGACGAUGACGACAUUAAGUCACAAAACGCACGACUCAAGAUGAUCCGCAAGCAGCGAUCAGAAGCAGAAUCUUUCCAGGCGCUGCGGGCCCCUCGAAGUGAGGAAUGGCAUCGUCGACGACACGAUGUUGCACAAAGAUUCUUGGACGAGUUCACUCGCAAAAAUGUCGCAGAGAUUGAUGAGAUUCCGUCAUCAGAACACAUAGUUCUCAUUCAGCAAUCACCUGCCGAAACAGUUAUAUAUCUUGAGUUGUGCAAGCAGUUGAUGACAUACAACCGUUUUCGUCGCCGAGGUGGCAGAAAAGGUAUCAGGGGUGAUCGGGAAGAUAGACUGGAUGAAGUGAUUGGGAGCAGCAAAACAAGCGAAGAAGCCCUUCUCAAACGAUGUUCAUCUCUCGCUUUGCAGGGUCGCUGGCACAAUGGUGUACCUGAAGAGCUCACCUGCAGCUCGCUGAUUGAGACUCGAUUGAAACAGCUCGAGGGCCUCAAGGAAGAACUCAUGGAGAAGACCAAGCAAGCUGCGUGGGUAUACUGUGCUUGUGACAUAAGACAUGAAAAGUUCCACGAGUUCAUUGAGAGCAUCAAGGCGCACGAUUUUGGUGACAAGGCUGUGACGGAAAAGAUAUAUCCACUCGUUAAGAGUGCAAUACUCACUUCACAGGCAGAUGACUGGGAGCUAUUCUUUUCUGAUCCAGCACAAGUAGCUGAGGACUCAUUUGAUACAGAAAUGCGGGAUGAGACUGAGGUGAAAGAGGACAAUGUUGAUGCCAGUGAAGAGGUAAGCUCUCGCGGUACUCCACCAGCUUUGAAUGGGAACUUGAAGCUAACAAAAAAUGGCGAACAGGCUAGUGUACAAGCCACAAAGCGUGGUGUAAAGGGUACAAAGAGUGGUAAACAAGGUGGAAAGAAAGAGAAAGCAGGAGAGCUUCCAGUCAAGCCAACUCGCAUCAGCGAGUUCAAGCUCAUGCUGCGAACAGUCACGAGUGGUCUUCGAAAGCUGAUCCUCGAAUGGGUUGCCCGGGAAAGAGCGCUCAGGUUCCUAAAGGCCGUACACCUUGUUCAGACAGGGUCAGAGAUUGCUGAGUGCAGCUCCUGUCAUACAACUCCAGAAGCAGCAAAUCACAUCAACAUAUUGGGCUCAUGCGGUCAUGCCUUGUGCUCACAAUGUGCCAUGAAGACAGUUCAAAAAGAAGAAUGCAAUGUUGAAGGCUGCCGAGGCUCAGGAAAGGAAUUCAAUGUCAUGGACGCAUCUACUCUUAAGUGCGAUGAAAGGGACAGAAGUGCCAAAUAUGGCGGCAGCAAACUGGAUAAGAUGAUUGAAAUCAUCCAGGCAGUGCCCACAGGCGAUCGGAUCCUCCUCUUCAUACAGUUCCCGGAGCUUAUAGACGUCACAUCCAAAGCCUUAGAGCUGGCAAAGAUCAAGUACAUUGCAAUCAUAGCAACUGACCGCAGGGCAGCACAGAAGGUCCAACAUUUUCAGGAAGCUGGUGGCUUUGGUGAGAACAAAGUUUUGAUUUUGAACUUGGGAAGCGAGAUGGCCGCUGGAUUGUGA